AGUUCGUGCACAGGAACGCGCCUGGAAUUUACUCGCAUUUCAUCGCGUCUGUUUUAAACGGAGCGGAUUUAUUGUGGACACACACACACACACACACACACACACACGGGAUGAGUUGAUGUAAACACGUGUGAUGCUCACACUGUUCACACAAUUGGGGAAAAGCUGUUAGGAAUAUAAACACAUUGCAGCGUGGAGUGUGAGCAGGACAUCAUCUUCAUCAUCAUCAUCAGCACAGCACACAUGGAAGUCAGGGUCCUGGAUAAACUGAGAUAGACGAUUUGACUUGAAUACAGAACACCACAUCUGGAGAAAACCCGUGUUGAGCAGAAAAGCAUCUCAGCCGCACAACACAUCAAACCUUGAGGUGGAUGAGGUCCAACAAGUACCUCAGACCACAUCAGGUUCCUCACCUGCAGGAACAGGAACCUGAGACAUCAUCAUGAACACAGACUCACCCUCACUGGACAGAUUCAGACCAGAGACAGAGACAUUAAAGCAGGAUGAAAGCAGCUGUCUGUCAUCACAACAGGAAAAACAGAAAUAAACAGUGUGUGUGUGAGACAGCUGAAAGGACUGGUGCAAUCUGAACAUAAUCAGACACAAUAAUGAAGAUUAAAUACACCAUUUCCUUGGUGUUCAUCGUGGCUGUGGUCAUCAUCGAGAAGGAGAACAACAUCAUCUCCAAGGUCUCGGACAAGCUCUCUCUGAAGCAGACGCCUCAGACUCCACUCCAGAUCAGCGGAUAUUCUUUGGCGUCUCUCCGAAAAAAUGGCUCCGGCGUCCCGGUCCUGUCUAAGCCCGACUUCUCAUCCUAUUUGGAACUAAAAUGGCAUCUGGAGAACAUCUCUGAACCCAGCAAAGGUGGAAAACACAUACUCCUAUUGGCCACGACACGUACAGGCUCCUCGUUUGUGGGCGAAUUUUUUAACCAGCACGGCUCUAACAUGUUCUACCUGUUUGAGCCUCUUUGGCAUGUGGAGCGCAUGCUAACUCUAGAGGGUGGAGGGACCAAUGGUACGGUUUUGACGCACGCUUAUCGUGACAUUCUUCGUCAACUUUUCUUAUGUGACUUCACUAUGCUGGAGACCUUCAUCGAGCCACCACCAAAGGAUCAUGUAACAAAAGGACUGUUUCGUCGUGAGUCCAGCCAGUCCUUGUGCACUGAUCCUGUCUGCACGCCAUUUGUGAAGAAGGGUUACGAGCCUUACCAUUGCCGUAACCGGCGUUGUGGUCCAUUAAACCUCACGCUAGCUUCCCAGUCCUGCCUGGAGAAGGAGCACCAUGCCAUAAAGUCUGUACGAAUACGCCAACUAGAGACGCUCCAAUCAUUAGCAGAAGAUCCACGACUGGAUUUGAAGGUUAUUCAGCUGGUCCGGGAUCCUAGAGCCAUGUUAGCGUCCCGCAUGGUGGCAUUCUCGAACAAAUACGAGCAUUGGAAGAGGUGGACCAUGGACAGAGACAUCCCUGAGGAUGACAAUGAAGUGAGGAAGCUCAAAGGGAACUGUGAGAACAUCCGCAUGUCCGCCGAAGUGGGUCUCAAACAGCCUCCGUGGUUGCGUGGACGCUACAUGCUGGUGCGUUACGAGGACAUUGCCAUGUUUCCUAUGCUUAAAGCAGCUGAGAUGUACCGCUUUACCGGCAUCCCGUUCACCACCCAGGUGAAGGAAUGGAUCUUGAGGAACACACAAGCAUCUGAUAAGGCUAGCGGAGUGUACUCCACCCAGAAAAACUCAUCCCAGCAGGUGGAGAAGUGGAGGUUCAGCAUGCCGUUUAAGCUCGUGCAAAUGGUUCAGAAAAUUUGUGGCCCCACUAUGGAUUUGUUUGGGUACACGUUCGCAGAAAGUGAAGAAAUGCUAACAGACAAAUCCAUCAGUUUGGUUGAAGAAAGGACUUUCUUAUGACCAAAAGAACUUUAUAGAAAAGUUUUUUUUUCAUUUUAUUUAUUAUUGAGAUCUGUCCAAAAACAAGGACAUGAGCUUAAAGAUCAAAAGCACAGCAAGAAAACCGUAUCACAUACAUCUCAAACCUCAUGGAGGCAUGAGGAGAGUUUUAUUUGAUAGAAAUGUACAACAUUUUACUGUCAUGUAGCAUAGGGCAUUGUUUUUAAUCAAUUACAAAUAUAUCAGUUCUACCUUUAAGCUAGUUCAGGUUUCAACUCUGUUACAAAUGCAAAAACAGGCUUUCAUCCCAAAGAUGAAUAGUAAGACUAGGAGCUUCAAUGAAACAGCACUCAUUACCAAAAAUCAACCAAACAUCCUAAGUCUGAUGUUGCCGUGUACAUGUUGACACGGCCUGCUGAUAGUAGAGCUGCUGAACCUUUUCAGAUGGAAUGCUAAUACAAACAUUUCAUUAAUGUAACCAGGAAUGUUAUCUAGCUCAGUAAAUAGCUAAGGUAACAAGUUUGUUAGUUAAAGCUGUCAUUUACUGAUAGACUGGUGGAUAACAGGUUCACAAAUUAGCUAGCAUACAGUUAUAGCAGAUUUAAAUAUCUGAUUUUUUUUAGCUAUGUUGCUAAAUCAUCUUGUUCACUGACUAAAUGGAUGAGAUGGAUUUUUCAACAAAGUAGCUGAAUGUUCUUGUACAUGCUAGGUCAAUGGACAACGCGUUUGGUUUGUGCUUGCGGCUGCCAGGUAAAAAAGAAACCGUAUUUAUUUUUCUAUUUUCUGUCCACUUUCAGCUUGCUACGUGUCUGUAUUUGGAGAGAAUUUGCAUUUGGCUUAUUUGUAAUGUGUGUGUGUGUGUGUGUGUGUGUGUGUGUGUGUUUAUACCGUGUGUGUUGGUGACAUUCCUUCUGCAGCUGGUUUGCAGAAAUGUGUGACUUCAACGCCAGAGGUUUUGGCAACAGACGACUUUCUGUCAACACUUAUAAUUGAUGUUAAUAUGUGAAAACCUUAGUGUCCAAACCCGGCUGUGUUCCAAUUCUGUUUUACACAUAUGCCAUAUCGACUUCAUCGGUCCGAAAUGUGUAGCCAUUUGUAGGAAAAAGGGAACAGUGUGUCGGCCAGCUAGCUAAAUUAGUCUCGUACAAUAAAGCAGUCUGACUGUGUAACUAGUUACUAUGCUAACUAACUAGCACAAUGUUAACUUUUAGUUACAGACAGAACUGAAGUCCUAACAGAACCUAAAAAAUGCUAAUUAGGUGAUCCAGUAAUUAACUAUGAUUCUCCAUCUGUAUGUUUUGUAUGCCUGAUUUGCCAGCUUUAUUGCUAUACAUCUAGUGCACUACCUAGGGUAGUAAAUGUGCUUACAUACUAGCAUGUUAACUAGCUAGCAGGUCAUAAGCUGUCAAUUAAAGAUGAGGGGUGAAUCAGUGAAACCUGUUAAUUGGAUUAUUAUGGCUACAAGUGCUUAAAUAGCUGACCUAUAGCUAUAUAUAGCUAGUUAUCUGGUUAAUCGUAUGGUUUACCAAUUAGUUUCAUUUGUUAACUAGCUAAACAGUUUCACUAGUUCACCUUACAUACAGGUCCUUUAAAUAGCUGAUUUGCUGGCCGUAUUUGUUAUCAUCUGGUUCACAAACUAACUAUGGUAUAAGCUUGUUUACUAACAAGCUAGCAUGCUUACUAGCUAGAUAGCACAUUUUAGGCUGACCAACAGCUGUAAAUUAGAGAUUAAUUAAUAUUAGAAUAAUUAGCAACAUUCCCCAAUUGGCUAAUAUACUCUAGUUACAGGUUAAAGGUUUAAGCAGCUGGUAUGCUAGCUAUUAUGCUAAUUAUCUGUUCAGGUUAUGUGCAAAAUAGUUUUUUUUUAUGUACAUUGCUUGGUAAAAGCUAUUUUUCUACUUAGCCAGCACAAUAAAAUUAUUUUGCCUUUCCAUCAGUUUUUAAGUAGAAACUAAUGAUGCUAAUUAGCUGGAUCACUAAUUAGCUAGCAUAAAAGCAUAUUGGUGCAGCUAAUAAAUACCUGCAUUAUUAACCAGCAGAUUAACAGAUGGAGGACCUGGAAUAUUGAAGAAUGCUAAUUAUCUGGUAGCUCAUUUGCUAGCCAUCAUCAAAGUCAACAUUAGUAUGUUAUAACAGUAUUGGAACACAGCCGUGAUGGUUUUAUUUAAUGGUAAAAAAAUAAAAACAUGCUGUUUCACAGUCAUCUUAUUUAAACAGUGUCUUGCAUCAAAUGGUGACUUUUCAGAUUUAUAAAUUGUUUUUGUAGUUUAUUUAUUUGCAAUUUUAGAAAAUAUAUAAAGCAAAACACUAAAAUCUGAUCUACGGUGUCCAUCUCUUCUUAUAACCACCAAAGCUAACAUGGCUAACAUGACAGAUUUUUUUUGUCACAUUCGUAUUGUUCAUAAUUUCUAAUGCUUGCUAAUGCUUACUAGCUGCUAAAUGCUAGAAUAGCAUUAGGCAGUGACAGUU